AACCCACAACACUGCUCCUCAGAUCUCAGUGAAUAUCUUCCGGACCCUGCCGCCCAGUGAGAACCCUGAAUUUGACCCUGAAGAGGAUGAGCCCAACCUUGAGCCUUCGUGGCCGCAUCUACAGCUGGUAUAUGAGUUUUUCCUGCGUUUCUUGGAGAGCCCAGACUUCCAGCCCUCCGUGGCCAAGAGAUAUGUGGAUCAAAAGUUUGUCCUGAUGCUACUGGAGCUAUUUGACAGCGAGGACCCCAGGGAGCGUGAGUACCUCAAGACCAUCCUGCACCGGGUCUACGGCAAGUUCCUGGGUCUCCGGGCCUAUAUCCGCAAACAGUGCAACCACAUCUUCCUCCGGUUCAUCUAUGAAUUCGAGCACUUCAAUGGCGUGGCGGAGCUGUUGGAGAUCUUAGGAAGCAUCAUCAAUGGCUUUGCGCUGCCGCUGAAGACCGAGCACAAGCAGUUCCUGGUCCGUGUCCUGAUUCCCUUGCACUCUGUCAAGUCGCUGUCUGUCUUUCACGCCCAGCUGGCAUACUGUGUGGUGCAGUUCCUGGAGAAGGAUGCCACCUUGACAGAGCACGUGAUCCGAGGGCUGCUCAAGUACUGGCCGAAAACCUGCACCCAGAAGGAGGUGAUGUUUCUGGGGGAGAUGGAAGAGAUUCUCGAUGUCAUCGAGCCCUCCCAGUUCGUGAAGAUCCAGGAGCCCCUCUUCAAGCAGGUGGCCCGUUGUGUUUCCAGCCCCCACUUCCAGGUUGCAGAGCGGGCUCUGUAUUUCUGGAAUAACGAGUAUAUCCUGAGCCUCAUUGAGGACAACUGCCACACUGUGUUGCCUGCUGUGUUCGGGACCCUCUACCAAGUCUCCAAGGAGCACUGGAAUCAAACCAUCGUGUCUCUGAUCUACAACGUGCUCAAGACCUUCAUGGAGAUGAAUGGAAAGCUGUUUGAUGAGCUCACAGCCUCCUACAAGCUGGAAAAACAGCAGGAGCAGCAGAAGGCCCAGGAGCGCCAGGAGCUAUGGCAAGGCUUGGAAGACCUGCGGCUACGCCGGCUACAGGGGACCCAGGGGGCCAAGGAGGCCCCCCUCCAGCGGCUUCCCCCCCAGGUGGCCACCAAUGGGGGUCAGAGCUAGGAGGUCCUGGAAGGGGAGGAGCUAAACCCAGAGCUGUCGGCCCCUCCACCCCUUCUCCUGCCCAGGGGCCCAGCGAGACACUCACCUCCCCCUGGCCUCGCCAGAGCAGGUUCUGAGGACUUCCUGCCUGGCCCAGCUUUCACUGGGGGGAGCCGAGAGGAGAGGAGAUGGUGGUCUUGGCAACGGAACUCUCAGCCCCUCGUGGCAGGACUCGACAAGGGCAGGCUUGACCAGGAAGCUGCCAUCAGGGAUCUUCCCCCGCCCCACAAAGCUGGGCUCCAGGCUGCAGGCAGGCCCCACCCUCUGCUCCUGGCCUUGGGCAAGGGCACUCAGCGCUUGGCCUGCCCCUGCCUAGGGCCAGCACGAGGUUCUUCUCAUCCCACCAUGGGGUCCACGGUCUAUUUAUUCUCGCCCAGCUCACCCCCAACACAGACACUGUCCUGGGCCUGGGGCAUUCUCCGUCUCCCCCCCCCCAGCCCCUCGCCCUGUACUUUCUCAUCCCCUUUUUAUUUAUUGGGCAGGGGGAGGGGUGAGGGCACAGGCAAGAAGAUUCACAGUGUCCUGGGGUAAGGGGGGGGGUCACAGUAAUCAUGGUCUAUCCCUCUUCCCCUGGCUGGGGGGUAGACUUAAUAAAGAGAGAAACUCAA